AUGGCGGCUGCACACGUCAGGCAGCGCACUGGGUCGGGUGGAACCCGCGCGCAACUCCCGCCCUGUUACUACGAGGGCUACCUGGAGAAGCGAGGACCUAAAGAAAAGGCACCCAAGCGUUUGUGGACAUGUUUGUGUGGGAAUGCAUUGUAUUUCUUUAAUAAUUCCAAGGACACUCACUAUGUAGAGAAACUGGAGCUCAGUGGGUUCGUGUCCUUAAGGGAUGACUGCAGCCGGGACAGAAAUUUGGAAGCUGCCAGACUGAUUCUGCGCAUGAAAGAUGGAGAAACCAAAAUAACAGCACCCAACCUGGAAUCAAGGGAGCUGUGGAAAGGUUUCCUCUACUCUGUCAUAGAUCUGAAUGUACCAUCAAGCCUCACAUUGCUGCCGGGCCAGCUGCAAAUGCUGAAGGAGGUAGUGGAUAAAGAAAGGUCCCGGCGGAGAAGUCGCACUCCCACAAGAGCACCCCCUUCGCCUCUCUCUGUUCCUUUAGUGGGGGAGAUUCCCGCGUGCUUUCGCCCGGUGUCGCGAACUGAGGCCGAAGUCCUCUUGGACAGACACCCAGAUUGUGGCAACAUGCUACUGCGUCCCGGAAGAGAUGGCAGCUCAUUAGCCGUUACCACGCGGCAGGACCUCAAUGGCUCAGUCUUCAGACAUUACCGAGUAACCCAGAGGGACCAGGGUGGCUAUGUGAUUGAUGUGGAGAAUCCAAUUCCCUGUGCAACCCUUCACGAUGUCAUCGAUGCCCUGGUGGAAAAGACAGCUGGCACUCUGCAACCUUUUCUCCUAGAAGAGCCUUAUGAGGAGAAUAUCACUUACGUUUCUGCCAAUGAUGAGAAUGGAGAAAGGAUUCUCCACACCGCCCCCACCAGCCCCCUGCCAAAGGCUCCUGCACUGCCCCCAAAGCAAGAUCGUUGGCCCAGCAGCCCCCCGCCGCGCUCCCCUGCACCGGACCGCCGCAUUCUGACCUCAUCAGUGCCUGCCUCGCCCACCAACCCCAUGAGACGACUCAUUUUAUCACCUUCCCCCCUCGCACAGUCUCUCAACGAUGAACUGAAAAUGAAGCUGGAGAAGAGACGAGCCAGUCAGGAGUAA